CAUUUUUCUUGUCACUCAUAAUAUUAUUCACUAUCAUCAUGAUCAUCGAUAUCUCCUUAUAUAUAUAUUAUCUAGCAAAUUAAUUAAGUACCAAGUUAUAAAGAUAAACUACUAGUUCUUCUUUUCAUCAAAACAAUUAUAUAUCUCAGGUUUUGUUUCUGAUUGAUCUUCCAUAUCAAUUAAAUAGAUAGAUCAGUUUAUUAUUAUAACUGUAAAAACUAUAUAUAAGAUAUUUGAGUAAUAACUAACUGGUUAAUAUUAAUAAUAAUCAUCUUUCGUACGUAUAUAUUAUAUUAUCGAAAAAGUGAGUAGAGAGAAAAAUGGGAGUUGAAGGUACUUUGGAGUACUUGUCAGAUCUACUAAGCAGUGUGAAAAAGAAGAAGAAGAAGAAGCAAACACAAACUGUAGCCCUAAAAAUCAGGAUGGACUGCGAGGGCUGUGCCCGCAAGGUCAAGAGCGUUCUCUCCGGCGUCAAAGGGGCAAAAUCGGUAGAAGUGGACCUGAAACAGCAAAAGGCGACAGUGAGUGGCUACGUGGAUCCGAAGAAAGUGUUGAAGGCAGCUCAGUCGACGAAGAAGAAGGUUGAGCUGUGGCCGUACGUUCCGUACAAUAUGGUGGCCAACCCAUACGUAUCUCAGGCGUACGAUAAGAAGGCCCCGCCCAACAUGGUGAGGCGCGUGCCCAACACCGCCACCAUCACCGAGACUACCGUCGACGACUCCUACACCAUUAUGUUCAGUGAUGAGAACCCUAAUUCCUGCACUAUCAUGUAGCUAGAUAUAAUACCUUUUAAGUAUUUUGAGUAAGUACGCACGUGCAAUGUAAUUUGUAUCAAUCAAUCAAUCAAAUAUUUAAAUAUAUAUAUAUAAAUAUAUAUAUAUAUAUAUAUUUAUAUGAUGAAAAGGUGAUCACGGGCCAUGAUGAUCAUCAAAUUUCCCCUGUUUAA